UAGCACAGUGGAUCGGUCGAGGGAAGAGGAGAGAGGAAGAGGAGGAGGAGGAGGAGGGUCGGCCACUUGAUCGACGUCCGGAGGUAACAGUCGAUUCCCCGCAUCUCGGGACCGUCGUCGACAUUUGUCGCGCCGCUAACAACAACAAACACAGUAAUCAUGGCAGAAGCCCACCAGGCAGUGGCCUUCCAGUUCACUGUGACGCCAGAGGGCAUCGAUCUGCAGCUGUCCCACCAGGCUCUCACUGAGAUCUACCUCUCGGGUGUGCGCUCCUGGAAGAAGCGUAUCAUAAGACUUAAGAACAGUGUGAUAACUGGGGUCUAUCCUGCUAGCCCCUCCUCAUGGCUUUUUGUGGUCAUAGCGAUCCUGGCUACCAUGUACACUCGGUCCGACCCCUCCAUGGGCCUCAUAGCCAAGAUACAGGAGCACUUACCAGUCAGCCAGUCGAUGAGUACCCAGUGCCAGGCGGUGGUGUCCGCGGUGCUCUUCAGCACCAUGCUAUGGCUCUUGCUCAUCUUCACCAUGCGCCUGUGCCUCAAGCAGCUCCUCUCCUACCACCGCUGGAUGUUUGAGCAACACGGCAAAAUGUCCACCACCACCAAAGUCUGGGUGGCGCUGGUGCGGAUCUUUUCUGGCAGGAAGCCUCUUCUCUACAGCUACCAGGGAUCACUGCCAAACCUGCCUGUGCCCACUGUCAAGGACACAGUCAAGAGGUACUUGGAGUCCGUGCGUCCGCUGACGGAUGACUCGCAGUAUGAGCGUAUGACACAGCUGGCCACAGAGUUUGAGAGCAGCCUCGGUAACCGCCUGCAGUGGUACCUCAAACUCAAAGCUCUCUGGGCAUCAAACUACGUCAGUGAUUGGUGGGAGGAAUACGUCUACCUGCGAGGACGAAGCCCGCUCAUGGUCAACAGUAACUACUAUGGUAUGGACUUCUUGUACGUGACGCCCACACCCAUUCAGGCGGCCCGGGCAGGCAACAGCAUCCACGCAUUCUUCCUGUACCGUCGCAAACUCAACAGAGAGGAGAUUAAACCUAGUCGUAUACCCGGCACUGUCAUUCCUCUGUGUGCAGCUCAGUGUGAGAGGAUAUUCAACACCGCACGCACUCCUGGAGAGGAGACGGACUCUGUGCAACAUUGGCAGGACAGUGACUACAUAGUGGUUUACCACAGGGGUCGCUACUUUCGCCUGAGGGUAUACCAGGCAGGCAGACUCCUGUCCCCCAGGGAGAUCGAAUUCCAAAUUCAGAGGAUCCUCGAUGACACGUCACCUCCUUCCAAAGGAGAGGCCAAACUCGGGGCCCUGACCGCUGGAGACAGAAUUCCAUGGGCUCAAGCCAGGAAGAAGCAUUUCGGCAGCGGGGUCAAUAAGCGCUCUUUGGACUGCAUCGAGAGAGCCGCCUUCUUCGUGACCCUGGACGACGACGAACAGGGCAUGCUGGGAGACGACCCCGAGGCCAGUUUAGAUCGAUAUGCCAAGUCCUUGUUGCAUGGGAAAUGUUACGACAGGUGGUUUGACAAGUCCUUUUCAGUAGUUUACUUCAAGAAUGGAAAGACCGGCAUAAACGCAGAGCACUCGUGGGCCGAUGCACCAGUGGUGGCUCACUUGUGGGAGUACACCUUGGCCACUGACUGCUUCCAGCUGGGCUACAACGCAGAGGGUCACUGCAAAGGAGAAGUGGAUUCAUCACUACCCCGACCACAGAAGCUGAACUGGGAAAUCGCUCCUGAAUGUGAGGAGCAGAUCUCCCAGUCCCUGACGGUGGCCCAGGCCCUCGCCGAUGACUUGGACUUCCACGUUUUAUCCUUCAAAGACUUUGGCAAAGGCAGGGUGAAGAGGUGUCGAGUCAGUCCAGAUGCCUUCGUUCAAAUGGCUCUGCAGCUGGCCUACUACAGGAACCGGAGGACGUUCUGUCUGACGUACGAAGCCUCCAUGACCCGUCUGUUCAGGGAGGGCAGGACCGAGACUGUUCGCUCCUGUACCAGCGAGAGCUCCGCCUUCGUCCGAGCGCUGGAAGGCGGAGAGGCAGCAGAGGUUUGUAGGCGUUUGUUCCGCUCAGCGUCAGAAAAGCACCAGCAACUAUACCGCUUGGCUAUGACAGGAGCCGGUAUCGACAGACACCUCUUCUGCCUCUACGUGGUUUCCAAAUACCUCGGAGUGGAGUCUCCUUUCUUGAAAGAGGUGCUGUCCGAGCCCUGGCGGCUGUCCACCAGUCAGACUCCUGUCCAGCAGGUGGAGCUCUUUGACAUGGUCAACCACCCAGAGUACAUCUCCUGUGGAGGGGGCUUCGGUCCGGUGGCUGACGAUGGUUAUGGGGUGUCCUACUACGUUUUGGGAGACAGCAUGAUUAACUUCCACAUCUCGUGCAAGCACUCAUGUCCAGACACUGACGCCCAUAAGUUUGGUGCCGAGAUCAGAAAAGCCCUGCACGACCUGAUACAGCUGCUGAGCCCCAGCCACAGAGAACCCAGCAAAGUGGGGGAGAGUCGGCACGAGUUCAAGAAAGACCUGUAGCUUGUUACUGAGGGUGGGAAAAGUGGAAACGACAUCUCAAUGGUGAACCUGGUAUGAAGGAAGAGGUGUUUUCACAGAUUUGCAUCUGUACUUGUGUGUUUAUAUUAGCUGUGUGAAGAGAGAAAAGGGUCCAUAGAAUAACAAAUCAAAAAGUGCAAUUAUAGCACACUACGUUUUAUUGGUUAAGUUAAGUUUUAACAGUCAAACAAUCAGAAAAAAAUGAUAAAAUGAAUAUAAAAUGAACCCUAAAUGGAAAAAGCAAUUAUUAAGACGUUGUUAGAUUCUUGUGAACCACUCAAAGUUAAGGUAGAAAUUCUCAAUGUUUCCUAAUUGCAGGGAGGAAUUUAAUAUAUAUUCCAGUGCGGUAUGUUUUGUCGCCAUUAAGAUUGCCGCACUUUCUGUACCAUUAAUUAUCUGCUGAAGGAUUUGUUUGAAAAUACUAUUGUAAGUGUGAUAAAUCUUGAGUCCGUCAUGGAGAGAAAAUGAGCAGAAUUGUUGAGGUGAGUCCAGUUUCUACAAUCUGAAUGCAGCAUUGUGGUAACAGUCAGGAGACGUGUUUCAAUAUUUUAGAAGUCAAUGACAUCUCAGUGUUUACUUAUGGAUAAACCUGCUUUUCACAUACAUGAUUGUACAACAUAAUAUUCCUGUUUACUUAGUGUUCUAUUUGGUGGCAAAUCACCCAGGAAGUAACUUUAAUUGUUUUCAACAAAUUCAAAUAGUACAUACAGGUAAUGUUUUGAUCCAUUUUUCUCUCAGUGGUCAGUAGGCAUUUCAAGCAGCUCCAGUUAUUUCUCUGCCGUCUAUAAAUCUGUUUUGUAUUUCUUA